ACCACUUUUGGUCCCGUACUCAACAAACUCAUCAAUCAAUUCCAUUAUAAAUUUGCUAUUGGCACCUAUACUUUACGUUAAAAUAAAACAAACUCAACAGUCAUUAUGUCUGAGGGAAGAGGCAGUGCAUCUAUGAACAUGGUGACUGUGAUGAUUUCACUACUACUCCUUUUGUUUCUGUCUGAAAGUGCUAAUGCAGCAACUUACAACGUUGGAGGACCUAGCGGCUGGACCUACAACACUGAUACUUGGCCUAAUGGAAAAAAGUUUAGAGCCGGUGAUGUGCUCGUUUUCAACUACGAUUCAACGCUACACAAUGUUGUUGCUGUGGACAAAGUUGGAUAUGGGAGCUGCAAGGCACCAGGAGGUGCUAAAGUGUUGAGUUCAGGGAGUGAUCAGAUUAAGCUAGCAAGAGGGCAAAACUACUUCAUAUGCAGCAUUCCUGGUCACUGCCAAUCUGGGAUGAAGGUUUUAAUCAAUGCAGUUUAGUGUUUAAUUAAGCUAAGUGAUUAGCAUAAUUAGUUAAUGAUUUUUAUCUCUUUAUUAUAUGUUAAUUAGCUGGUAAUAGCUGUUAUAUGUUAAUUUGGUUAAUUUAUAUGUAUGUAAAUGGAGUGUGUGUGUGAGUGAGGUGGCUUUCUACUUAUAUAUAAAACUCUUAUGUUUGUUUGUGUGGUGUGGUGUGUAAGAAUAUAUGAAAGAGAAUUUUAAAUGUAUUAAAAAAUGGAGAUAUUAAUUGAUGGUGUUAAUUUCCCUUCU